GUGCGAUCAUCGAAAAACCUGGUGAAAUAUAAAACUUAAAUAACGUUAAUGAUUGUUAGUCCGUAAGAGUCGCUUGCGCAGAUCGCUGGUCAAGUGAAAAAUAUUUACUUGUAAUAUAGAUUAGUUAAUGAGAUUUAAGUGGAUAAAUUAGUUGUUGAAUUGUGGUGGUUAUUUAAGUUUUUAUUUUAAAUAAUUAAAAUAAAUAAGAAAUAAAAAUGGCGGUGGUUCAGCAUGCGAUGAAUGGAUACAAAUAUGUAUUCGAAGAAUUAUCGGAUCCUCGCACAAAAGACUGGUGGCUAGUAUCAGGGCCAGGCCCACUCCUCACAAUACUGGCCACAUACCUCUACUUCUGCACUAAAGCUGGUCCAAGAUACAUGAAGGAUAAGAAGCCGUAUAACUUGAAACUGGUGGUCAUGGUCUACAAUGUGUUUCAGAUAGCAUUGAGUCUGUUUAUGACUAUUAUUGGUUUGAGCUACUUCUUCACCGAAAGCUAUGACAACAAAUGCUACUCAGUUGAUUACUCGGACAGCCCGAGGGCUAUGAAAUGGGCAUCAGGAGUGUGGUGGUUUUUCUUUGCGAAGAUCACGGAACUGCUUGAUACAGUCUUCUUCGUGCUGCGAAAGAAAGAGAGGCAGAUCUCCUUCCUACAUUUGUACCAUCACACGAUCAUGCCGGUUAUUGGGUGGAUUGGAGUUAAAUAUGCUGCAGGAGGACAAGCAGUACCCGAAGGUUCCAUCAAUGCGUUCAUCCACGUCGUCAUGUACACUUACUACCUGAUCUCCGGUCUCGGUCCUCAGUACCAGAAGUACCUGUGGUGGAAGAAACACCUCACCACCAUGCAGCUGAUCCAGUUCUGCCUCGUAGUCUACCUCAACGUGAACAGCCUCUCUUCAAGUAGUUGCAACUACCCCAAGUACCUGAGCUGGCUCGUCAUGUUCAACUGCAUGGCUUUCUUCUAUAUGUUCGGCAAAUUCUACUACAAUAGCUACGUCCAAGGGAGCAAGAAACGGUUCGUCACCGUCUGCGAAAAAGAACUUUGAAUUUAUAGGAAUAAGGUUGAGAUUUGAGUGUAAAGCUUUGGUUUCCUAGGAAAGCGGUGCCGUCAUAUAGCGGCCGUAAUACAGCGGUGAAAGACGUCACCAGAACGUUGUCUAUGUAAACAAAAUGGGGCGGUUUCCUAGAGAGCGGUAACUGACGCCGUAACUUCAAAAAGCGGUGCCGCCAUUUGCAUGACGGCCGUCUUGACGGUGUCAGAUAGUUUGGUGAACGUUUUAUUGAAAGCGGUGAAGCUUUUUUAAUACGUAUUUGCGUUUUUUUUUUUCGGAACAACGUCAAAAAUUUGUUGCAACUCUUGGAGCGAGGACGACGAAAUUUUAAUAGAUUUCGUUCAAGUUGGAGAAGCAAUGUAUAAUAUAAAAAGUAAAGAUUAUAGAAAAAGUCAACUAAAACAGAAUUGGUGUUGUGAAAUUUGAGAAAUAUUAAAUAAAACAGGUUAGUAAGUAUGAUACAACUAACAAAAAGUUCAUGACGGUGUGUUAAAUUAAAACGGCCGUGGAACUUUCCACAUGUCAUCACCGUAAAGACGACCGUCUAUUUGCGUUCGUAAUAUGACGGCCGCUAUAUGACGGCACCGCUUUCCUAGGAAACCCAAGCUUUAGUUAACUGCUGUAAUUUUCUACUUUUGUGGAGUACCUAGGUGGAAUUGAAACUUAUAUGACAAUUUAAGUUGUUGUGUAAGCAAUGUUAUAAUAAGAUUCUUUGUGAUUUUAAUUUAGAGCUUAAUUUAGUUACUGAAAUAUGUACGUCAAAACUGUGAAAAUCUUAAUUCAUCCCGUUUUUAUAUGGCUCCAUUAAUUUUUAUUGAUCCUGUUAUUCUAUUAUUCUAAGGUAACCUUGUUAUUAUUUUAAUAGGUGUUCGUACUGUUGUUGAAAAAAGCGAGAAAAAGUGAGAUUGUGCAUCUUGCUAUAACAAUUUUAGUAGGUGUUACUGAAUAUGUAUCAUUUUUAAGUACUACCUUAGUUUCUAGGAGUGAAAGUUUAGUUCUUCAAGAGGAUUCGUACUUAAAUACUUAUGUAACUUACUUAGGAUAGAAGAUAAUGGCUAGUUGGUUGUGUAGCAGUAUUUUUUAAUUUUUAAUUGUAAAUAAAGUGCCUAAGUAGUAAUGCAGUUAUGAUUCUGUUUAGUGAUAUAAUUUUGAAAUAAAAUACGUUAAUUAAG